GGCAGGACUUCUUUCAGGCUUGUUGCUGUGUGCCUGGUGCUGCUGUGUGUUCUCCUCCUGGCCGGCAUCAUAGGCACUGGACUCCACUGCAGAUUUAAACUGCAGACCCUCAGCAGGAGCUGGGCUGAAAACAGAAGCCAAACUUUGGCUGAAUUCAAUCACUUCUGUAAGGAUGGCUGCAAGUCAUUCAACAACAGUUUUUAUUACAUUUCUUCUGAGAUGAAGAGCUGGGAGGACAGCAGACAGGACUGCAGAGACAGAGGGGCAGAUCUAGUCAUUGUAACCAACGAAGAAGAGCAGGUAUUCAUUAAUUCCUUCAACGAGAGAUUCUGGAUCGGUCUGACUGACAGAGAAGAAGAGGGAACAUGGAGAUGGGUAGAUGGUUCAGUUCUGAACAGCUCAGGGUUUUGGUAUCGAGGACAGCCCAGCGAAGGGCUGAACCGUUGGAGUGAUGAUGGCUGUAAUGUCUUGAAACCCUGGAUCUGUGAAAAACCUAUGGAUGUCUAAUGUCAUUUGUAAAUAUUCUGUGAUAAGCACCAAAAAAAUUGCUCUUUACCCUUUUUUUUUAUAAAACACUUUUUUGAAACACACAAACAUUCUCCUCCCUCUAGCAGCCGUAGAUUCUGCCCUACAAAGUCUAACUGCAGUAACUACUUUUUUGGUCAAAAUUGAGUUAUAACUAAAAAUGAACUCCAUAAUGUCUGUUUUAUCAUGUGACAAAGUUUUAGAUUUCAAUUUUGCUUUAUUUCAGAGGAAUAAUGAUAUAAAAACAUUUGUGCAAUUCUCACAUCACUAUUUACAUUUGCACAACAGUUAAUGCAUUUCUCAAAACAAUUAGUACAAACUGCAAAACCUAGUUGAUAACCUGCAGAAGCGUGUCACUUGCUCUAAAUGGAAAGCUCAUUCCUCAAAAGCAAGUAUUCAUGUCAAUGAAAGUGUCAGUGACAUCAAGAUGAAAAGUCCUGACACCAUGUUUAACACAGCUGAUUAAUGCAGAAAAGUUGCUAACUUUUGAACGUGCACCUUAUGGGGACCAGUCACGUAAACAAAAGAAACUUGGUACAUAUAUGUAUCAUGGGGAGACGCACCAAAAAGCCUCUUGGACCCAUGCCCUAAACCCAACAGGAAGUCGGCCAUCUUGGGUCAAACUUCAGUUUUUUGUAUUUUUUGGCGAUUUUCAAGCUCCGAACUGUGACGAACUGCUCCUACAGCUUUAACCCGAUCGACUUCAGAGUUGGUCAAAAUCAUCUUAAGAAUUUUGUGAUUUUAAAACUGGUUCGCAAUUUCAUUUUUUAUUAAAUUAUAUGGGCGUGGCAUGGCGGCGAAGAAUGGUGUUUUCGCCACAUGACAGGAAGUUGCUCUAACUUCAGCAUACAUUGUCCAAUCUGCCUCAAAAUUACUCAUGCAUGAUGAGAAUCCAGGCCUGAACAUAGCCGUUCAUCAAUAUUGACAUAUUGUCAUCACCCAGGAUAACAACGCUCCAGUGCCAGGUGUUUGUGGAAAUGGCGUGCAUGGACCCGUUCAAUGCUGCUUGCAGCUUUAAUUAUUUUUUAAACUGUCAUUUCUGCCAAAUUUUGAAUAUUUAAUAUGUCCCUUGCUUAUGUAUAUAUUUUUUAAAAUCUGACAUUGCAUUUAUUUUGUCCGUUAAGGAGACACUGUCUUACAAAGCUUGAAAAUAAA